UUUGCAACUUCCAAUUGCUCACUCUGAUCAAGGCACUAUCCGUAGCAUCUUGACUUGAACAUCUAUAUAAUCGCGAAUUCGGUCAACAGUGGUAACUUAAAUCAUUCAGCCUGAUUGCGCAUUCUCUCCAUCCUCGGGGGUGGACUGAUAGACGAACUUUGAACUUUUUUUUGCUUCUCCCGCCGUCUACAAUGGAAAGUCCUUUGUUACCCCAGGAGCUUCUCGAAAGUCUCCAACGGUCUAUUGAUGCCGCGAAAGAAGUGCAAUCGGGGCUUUCCGGUUUACCGCAGAAUGUUGCUUCGAAGAUGCCGUUAGAAACACUGGUACAGGCACAUACGGCGCAUCUUCUAAACCACGUCUCCAUGCUCAAGAGGGCAGCCGAAAUAUUGGGUAAUGAGAAUCCUGUCUCAGCGGCUGCUCUUCAGACCAUGGUCGUCGCAAGUGAGCAAAUGCUCAUCGAUGCACGAUCCCUGAAUGAGCGUAUUCUUAGUAUACAACUUGCCAAGCGCCGAGGAUUGAAGCCUGCCACCUCCACUUCCGAGAGCUCACGAUACAAGGCUCCUUCUGUCGAAGAAUUAGACGGCCACAAUUCACCAAUCGAGGGAGGGGAUAAUUCAAAUAACACGCGGGAAUCUGCACCGAACAAAGGAGACAAGAAGACAGAGGCGUUCGGUUAUGAAGGCAGCGAGAGUAAAGGCAGCCCGAAACGACGAUUAGACGGCGACGAGGUCUCUCAAUCUCUGGUGAAGCGAACGAAACUAGAUCGUACGCAAAUCCAAUCAGAGAAGCGGAAGUCAGACAUAUCAAUGGCAGAUGCUGAAGAUUCGUCGUCUGAGACAUCACCGCCAACCAAGCGGCGGAAACGGGACGAGACGCCAUUGGAAGGCCCGCUCCCACACGUGCAGAUAGAGUACGAGGACAUCACAGAGGAAGUCGCCGCACGCAUGCAGAAGCAUAAAGAGCGCAGGGAACGAGAAAUGAGACAAGAGCUAGGCAUCGCCGACAAGCGGAAGCGACAGUCUAAUGAUUCAUUUGUGGUGGAACUGGGGGAAGAGGAAACCAUCAGCAAGCCAUCAAGAAAGAAAAAGAAACAAACGCACACGUGUCCAGGAAAGCACGACUGACCAUUUGAUUUAAUGGCAGCGAGUAAACGUCACAUUCGUUUUGGUUAGGAGCGAUGCGCUAGAGACCUUCAUCAAGAGCUGAUGGGGGUUUUACGAUGGUGCUACUCGAUCAGAUGAGAAGGGUGUGACUGCUAAAAGCUACUACUGACAAUUGGAAUUCCCCAAAAAGAAACUCGGCGAUGAUGUUUUUGAAACAGCACAAAGUGACUCGGUCCAUGAGUAGGUGCUGCAGUAUCCUUUACUCAAUUUAUGUAAAGUUAGCUAAGCUGGCUGGCCUUCGCCACAUCCG